CUCUUCUCGCACUUGAAUUUUAAUUAUAACAAAAAAAAAGACUGAAAUAUUUUAGAUGCUACGUGAAAAUUUAACCACAAGUUGAUUUGUUCAAUGACAUUCAACUUAUCGAUUUCUUGGCUUUUACCUGACUAAUAAAAGUAAAAUUCAUUAUGAAUAAAAUUGAUCAAUAAUUGAAUUGCUAGUUCGACAAGAUGAACACCAGAAGCCUGAAAAUCGUGACCAAUAAUUAUUGCCACUUUUCCAACUAUCGAGAUAAUUCAAUUAAUCCAUUAAAAUUAAACGCAAUCUUGCUUUGAAUAGUGAUAAAAAAAAUGAUACAUUAUAAAAAUAAAUUAUAAGUUAUUAUUAUUAAAGUUUAUUUUUUUGUUAACAUAUAAGUUAAAAAUAUAAAUUAAAAAUAAAAAACGUUAUUUAAACUUUCACGCUAACAAUGAAACUUGAAGUUUUGUGCAACUUGAAGUGUGAAUUAACCGCGAGUUUAAAGUGAUGUGACAACUGGAUAAUUGAGAAAAAACUUUAAGGAAAAUUGCCAUUGGGAGAGUUAAAUGGUGCUAUCGAAAGGUUCGUCGACACGGUGAAGAAGGUUAAAACCACCAUCAGCCCUUUUCCGUGUCUACCCAGGAGCAAAAACACCAUAUAUAUUUUUUUACUUUUAUUCACCAUCACACUAUCGUUUCUUAUUGCCCGCAGUGCCAACUCAAACAUCUUGUUCUUGUAUUAUUCGUUCUCUAUUUUUUUUUUCAACUUUUGUUUGUCUUAUUUUUCCGUUUUUUUUGUUGCUCUCACAUGCCAUCGCUAUAAAGCAAAGAUAAAUUACCUCAACGAACACAUGCAAAAAAAAAAAAAAAAAGUGUACAAGUUCAACAGAACAACUGAAAAACUGAGUUGAAAAAAAGUUAGAAAUAUAAUAAUAAAGUGAAACAAAGUAUAUUGCAAAAAAAUAAUAAUAUAGUGAUGAAAGAAAUAGUGUUAGAUAGAAAACAUUAAUAUAAUACAAUGUGAUAUUGAAGAAAAAAAAAGAGAAAAUUGAAAUAAUUUAUUAUUUUAUGUGAUCAAGAUACGAAUGAAAUUCAUUUUAUCAAUGUGAAAAAAUUAGUGACGAAAUUGCUCAUUUGACAAUGAAACAUGAUCAUAGAUGAUGAUAAAUACAUCCAAUGAUGACAACAAUAAACAUAUAUGUCAUUUUAAAAUCAUUGUCAUACUAAAUGGUAUGAAUUAUUGCUAACAUAAGGAACAAUGGAUUUCAACAUUACUCGUAAUUUCACUAGUGAGGAUAACUCAUUGUCAUUUGAUAAUGUUGCGGCAAUUAUUACAGCUGUUUUUCUUGGUCUGCUGAUACUUGCAACAGUCAUUGGCAAUCUUUUCGUUAUAGCAGCAAUAAUAUGGGAAAGAAAUUUACAAUCAGUGGCAAAUUACUUGAUUGUUAGUCUAGCUGUUGCUGAUUUAAUGGUUGCAUGUCUUGUAAUGCCCCUGAGUGCUGUUUAUGAGAUAAAUUCGGGAUGGUCACUAGGACCUGGACUCUGUGAUAUGUGGACAAGCAGUGACGUACUUUGUUGCACCGCAUCAAUACUGCAUCUUGUGGCAAUUGCGGUUGACAGAUACUGGGCUGUAACUGAUCUCAAUUAUAUACAGGCAAGAAAUCCUAGAAGAAUUGGUAUUUUAAUUACAGCAGUAUGGGUUGUUGCAUUGGGAGUUUCAUUGGCACCACAACUUGGCUGGAAAGAUCCAGGCUAUAUGAAUCGUAUUGCCGAGGGCAAAUGUCUUGUUUCACAAGAUCCAGGUUAUCAGAUUUUUGCAACGUGUGCUACAUUUUAUUUGCCACUGUUGGUUAUACUUUUGCUGUAUUGGAAAAUAUUUCAAGCUGCAAGAAGACGAAUUAGAAAACGUCCAGGUUCAGCAAUUCAAGUACCACGUGAAAGAAGAGGAAUUCUUAGGCUUGUUUCACGAGGACCGAGAGAGGAAUCAACAGCAUUUACAAUAACGCGAACAACACCAGACAACUCAUCAGCAUCACCAGAAAAAUCAUCAUCAAAUGGUGCAAAUUUAACACAAUCAACAAUAAUAACAACACCAAUAUCAACGACAAUAGUAACACAAGGUUCACAACCCCAUAUAACAACAGCUAAAAAAGCACGUGAAACAAUGGAAGCUAAACGUGAAAGAAAAGCAGCUAAAACAUUGGCAAUAAUAACUGGUGUUUUUAUAGCUUGUUGGUUACCAUUUUUUGUUGUUGCAUUUGUACAAGCAAUUUGUACACCUUGUACACCACCAGAUUUAGUUGCUAGUGUUUUUCUAUGGCUUGGUUAUUUUAAUUCUACAUUAAAUCCAAUUAUUUAUACAAUAUUUAGUCCUGAAUUUCGUCAAGCAUUUAAAAAAAUGCUCUGUGGUGGUUCAAGACAUGGACCACGUUGACAAAGAGUCCAACAAAAAAAUACUAGUUGAAUAAAUAAAUUUAAAAUUUAAGCCAACAUUUAAUAAUAAUCAGAAAAAAAAGGUGUGAUAUUUUUUUAGUAAAAAACAUUCUUUUAUAGAUUUUUUUUUUUCUUCCAAUUUAUUAUUUAAUUUAAUUUUUAUCUCUUUAAAAAUAAUUAUUUCUUAAAAAGAUUUAAAAUAAAUAAAUUGAAACUUUCAUUCGAAGUUUUAAAGUUUUAAUUUUAUUUUGUAAAUUUUUUUUUUUCAAAUAAAUUUAAUAAGUUUUUAAUCAACUUUUAUAUUUUUUUUCUUUAUAUAUAUAUAUUUUUUUUUUUAAAGAAAUUAAUACAUAGCUAAACUUUUUCAAGAUAUAUUUUAUAAGCAUAAUUAUUUUUCAUGAUAAAAUAAAAAAAAAAAUGAUAAAAAAAUAAUAUAAAAGUUGCUCAAGGACUGAUGAUAGUGAUAAUAUCUUGAAAAAAAGCUGAAUCGUCUUGUUAACCACAACUUUUGUAAAACUUUAACAAAACUCAUUCCCAUGUGUCUACCUUGUUCGUGUUUUUAUAUCACCGACUAUUUUUCUAUUCCAUUGAGCAUUUGUUUUAUUUUUUAUUUAUUUCAUUUAUUUUGACACAAUAAACUACGCUUGUGUUUUCUCAUCGUUUUAACCGUAAACCCUUUUUAUUUGGAUUUUUUUUUCUGAUCAACAAACUUACAAACAAGUUAGUUUUUGUCCUGCAAGCUCAACAAAUUAUCCCAUUAGUAUUGCGAAUCGUGAUGUCAAUUAGAUAAACAAUACGACUGGGUGUGUCUUACCGACAAUUAGUGGCUCAAGGAAAUCCAUAGAGGGACAAAAAAAAAAAAGCUCAAUUUGCUGAAUGAAAUAGACAAACAAAAUUUGCUGAUAUUAGUUUUGUAAUUCUCAAUGGGGAUUAAAUUUUUUAACUGACAUUUUCUUACUGAUUAUUGUCUGGCUAAAAACUUAAUUAUACUUAAUGAGUAUUUUUUUUUUUUAUCAUUUUUCAUUUGACAUGACCAUUAUUUUAUUUUAUAAAUUAUUUUCUCUUGUAAUUAAUUAUUUCAUAUCAAAAAAAAUAAUAGAGGGUUUGAGGAUUUUUUAAAUUAUUGUUGACAUAACUUCUGGAACAUUUUUCAAUAUCAAGUUUUCAAAUAAAAAGUAUGUGUACAAAAAAAAUAUAUGAGAAUAGAAAUGAAAAUGUUGGAAAAAAAAAUAAAUAAGAAAUCUAUGCUGUCAUCACUGAAUUUAUCUGCACUUUUUACGUCAAAAAUACAUGUACACUUUUUGUUGCUAAAAAAUUUAACACUUGAGUUUUUUUUUCUACCUAUCGUCAGACCAGUUUUUACGAUCUUGGAUGCACUAUUUCCACGAUUUACGGAGUAGCUAAAUGUCAUUUAAAAAACAACACACAAAAAAGAAGAAAUAAAAAAAAAUAAAAA